UUUUGACAAACGUAUAGGUAAUUUUAUUUGUGGUGGAGGACAUUAAGGUUCCCUGGGAUUGUGCAGGUCCAGGGAUUUAACAGACGGAUCCUGGUUAGGAAACAGGACAACAUUAAGGCUCUUGGGAAAUAUAAUCAAACAGGAACAAGUGGAAACACCAAGAGCUGGCCAGAGGUUGGUCCUGGGGUCUCACUGCACCAGGAUCUGGCCCUCUGGAAUGCCUGGCGACUUCAUGGCAGCUCCUGGCCCUCCUCAGGGAGCGGUCUCACCACUCUGACGUGUGUUUAGGCCACGAGAUGAGACCUAGGACUGGGUUCUGGCUCUCUGCCCUGCAACUUUCCUGCCACUACCCGCGCCCGCAUCCCUGCCCACCAGUGGGGGGCGCUCCAGUCGGUGACAGCCAACUUUCGCUGCUGCCACCACAACCGCAGGGCCCGAUUACCUCUCCAGUCUAUUAGAAACCGGUUUCAGAUGCGCGGUGGAACGGCGGGCGGGAAAAAGCCCAAGCGCUGUCUCGGGUGCCCCUUCGGGUCAGCCAUCCUCUGGUCUCCGAGGCUCGGGGCUAACUGGGCGCGAACCGCUGAGCCCGCCUACCAAUCAGGCCCUUUCUCCCGCCCCUCUGCGGCUGAAACCCUCAAAGGGUUGCAGUUUCAGCUUUCACUUAGAGACAGCAACUCCAAAUUCAGGGUCGCUGGGGAAACUGAGGCAGGACUGGGGACUCUGGGUGAGAGGUCAGACAGUGGUCGCGGACUCUUUCUCCCGAGAAAUGGGGAUAGCUCUUCCGAUAGCCCAAAGCGACUCACGCAGAUCCUAGAAGAGAGCGCCGAGGUCCGGGGGGUUGGCCCGGGAAAGCGAAGCGCCGCCCACGCGGCUGGGAAACCUCAGGGUGGUGCUGGCCGGAGGUGGAGCCAGGGGCGGGUUCCGGGCGGAGGGUGGGGCAGACGUGGGUUACCGGGUGUGCCAGCCAAACCUUGCACAGAGGAGGUGGCGGUGGUGGCCCUCGCCUGUGGCCCCCGUGCUGCUUGCACUCGAACUCUUCGCCAUGGAGGAGCUCCAGGAGCCUCUGAGUGGACAGCGCCGGCUCUGUUUCACGCCAGCUGCCCGGACCAGCCUCUUACUGCUCAGGCUCAACGACGCUGCGCUGCGGGCGCUGCAAGAGUGUCAGCGGCAACAGGUACGGCCGGUGAUUGCCUUCCAAGGCCACCGAGGGGUAAGUGCGAGCUCAGGGUGUGUGAGUGAGGUUAGGGCGAGGGAGCAUAAACGUGGGCUGGAGGUGGAAGGUGCGGUCGGGGCCGGAGGCUGCGAGUGGUCACGGUCUGAGGUAUUUCCGAGAACUGAACUCCAAAUGGGGCGAGGAGGCUGCUGGGGUUGUCCCAGGGGGCUGUGGUUGAGGGGACUGUGCUGUUUCAGCCUCCUGGGGAACUCAGGCCCAGCUGCACCUGGUGUGCUAACGAGCCCUGUGGGACCCGUCUUAGUCUUACUUAGGCUGGCUCCCGGAGGAGUGGCGGCGGCAGGAGGGGGAGGGGCUGACUUCAUGGGGCUUACCGUCUCCUUCCACCUCCAGUAUCUGAGGCUCCCAGGCCCUGGCUGGUCCUGCCUCUUCUCCUUCAUAGUGUCCCAGUGUUGCCAGGAGGGCGCUGGUGGUAGCCUAGACCUUGUGUGCCAACGCUUCGUCAGGUCUGGGUCUAACCGCCUCCACUGCCUGGGCUCACUCAGGGAGCGCCUCAUUAUUUGGGCAGCCAUGGAUUCUAUCCCAGCCCCAUUAUCAGUUCAGGGACACAACCUGCCUGAAGAUGCCAGACAUCCUGAGAGCUGGCAGAACACAGGAAACUAUUCUGAAGGAGAUGUAGUAUCACAGCCACAGAUAGCACUAGAGGAGGUGUCAGUGUCAGAUCCACUGGCAAGCAACCAAGGACAGUCACUCCCAGGAUCCUCAAGGGAGCACAUGGCACAGUGGGAAGUGAGAAACCAGACCCAUCUUCCAAACAGAGAACCUGUUCAAGCGCUGCCUUCCUCUGCCAGCCGGAAACGUCUGGACAAGAAACGUUCAGUGCCUGUGGCCACUGUAGAACUAGAAGAAAAGAGGUUCAGAACUCUGCCUUUAGCGCCAAGCCCCCUACAAGGCCUGACCAAUCAGGAUUUACAAGAGGGAGAAGAUUGGGAGCAAGAAGAUAAGGAUGAAGACAUGGACCCCAGAUUAGAAUGCAGUUCUUCAGUUCAAGAAGAUUCUGAAUCCCCAAGCCCUGAAGAUGUACCAGACUAUCUCCUGCAAUACAGGGCCAUCCGCAGUGCAGAACAGCACCAUGCCUAUGAGCGGGACUUUGAGACAGAUUAUGCUGAAUACCGCAUCCUGCAUGCCCGUGUUGGGACUGCAAGCCAAAGGUUCAUAGAGCUGGGAGCAGAGAUUAAAAGAGUUCAGCGAGGAACUCCGGAAUAUAAGGUGCUGGAAGACAAGAUAGUCCAGGAAUAUAAAAAGUUCAGGAAGCGGUACCCAGGUUACAGAGAAGAAAAGCGUCGCUGUGAGUACCUUCACCAGAAAUUGUCCCACAUUAAAGGUCUCAUCCUGGAGUUUGAGGAAAAGAACAGGGGCAGCUGAAGUUAUCAAGGGAAUUCUUGAGCCUCUGCUUAGUGAAACACGAAGGAACAAAGCAGCUGUAAACUAAAUAGAAUGCAACUAUCUGCUUUUCUUUUGCUGACCACUGGAGUCCGUGGUGGCAAGUAGAGAGUUGCUCUAGCUUCCUGAGGUUUGGUUUUCAUUGUUAAUUUUUAGGGUGUGGGCACUGUGCAAAGACUCCAUAGCUAUGCCUAGGAGUUUAGGAAAAGUGACAGAGGCUUGGCUUUUUUACCUUUAGUUCAGCCAAGUCAUUUUCAAGUCCUGAGAAAUGACAUCAUCUUCAGGAUAAGAUAAUGAGGACAUUAGACAAACCAAACUAAGUGAAUUUAGUCUACUAGCCUCCCUAAGGAAACAGUAAUAAUAACUUUUGGUAAGAGCUAAAAUAACUUGUAGCAUACCUAGAUAUAAUGGGAAAGGGCCUGGGUGUUACCCAUGUACUGAAAAUGAACUUUUUUACCAACAUGGCUAAAAAAUUAAAACUGACUGCUUCUGUGUCCUUUG